AUGGCAUCGACAAUGCAGGCAGCAAACCGACUCCAGUCCGUCCUCAAGGCUGGGAAGACAGCAUAUGGUGUCUGGCAGAUGUUUCCUGGCGCCAACCUCUCCCGCAUUAUGGCGAGAUGCGGAUUCGACUGGGUUCUCGUUGAUACGGAGCAUGGCAAUAUCGACGAUGCCCAAAUGCAUGAAGCCGUUGGGGCUAUUGCAGCUACAGGCGUCAGUCCUGUUGUCAGGAUUGCAGCCAACGAAGGGUGGAUGGUUAAGCGUGCACUUGACGCGGGAGCUCACGGAAUACUUGUUCCACUGCUCGAAACGGCGGAUGAUGCAAGGAGACUGGUCCAGUCGGCCAAGUUUCCUCCAGUCGGGAAGAGAGGGUUUGGAUCUCCGUUUGCAAUGGGUUCAAUUGGCAAUGUGUCGCCGAUAGAAUAUCUACAGCAUGCGAACGACGCUUUAAUAACAGCUGUGCAGAUAGAGACCAAAUCUGCUCUUGACAAUGUCGAAGAAAUUGCCCAGGUCCCCGGCGUCGAUGUUCUCUUAGUUGGGCCAUGGGAUCUUGGAAACAACAUUGGCCGACCCGUAGUUACCGCCGAGUUCCAUCCCGAUCUUGAAGCGGCUAUUGAGCGGAUCCGUAAAGCCGCAACGGACAAUGGGAAGAAAGCAGGCAUAUACUGCCCAUCAGGAGAGUUUGCGAAGAAGUAUAUUGACCAGGGCUUCCACAUGGUCUCCGUUAUCUCCGACGUGACUGCUCUUCCGAUCUUCCUGGGCCAGACCUUGAAGGUGGCUAAGGGAGAGUAG